AUGGCGCUCGCGAUUGGACUAGAGAAGAGUCUCCAAAAGUUCAUUUGGGUGCUCAGAGAUGCUGACAGAGGUGAUGUUUUUACAAGUGAAGGUAGAAAAGUACAAUUGCCUGAAGGAUAUGAAGAGAGAAUAAAAGGAAGAGGGAUUAUAGUAAGAGAUUGGGCAGCGCAAUUGGAAAUUUUAGCACAUAGUUCAACAGACGGUUUUAUGAGUCAUUGCGGAUGGAAUUCGUGUAUGGAGAGUAUGUCCUUCGGAGUUCCUAUAGCAGCGCGACCAAUGCAUUCGGAUCAGCCAAGGAAUUCUCAACUUGUAACAAAAGGGAAUGGCAAUGACAAUGGGAUGAAUUACGGUUACCAUCUUCUGGAUCGCAACAACUGA